UCAAACAAGCUUUCCAUGAUUGGAAACGAAAAUUCCAACUACCUAUAUUUUGAGGCGAGUGGUGCGGCCGAAAAGUUGACUGAAAAACAGCAAAGUGCACUCCUACUUCACAGCAUAGGUGAUGAAGGCCUCGUGGUCUACAAUACACUUGAGAACAAAGAAAAACUAACAUACCAAGAAAUACUCAAGAAAUUAGAAGAACACUGUAGUCCACCAAGCAAUGAAACAUACAAUCGACAUAUUUUUUUCAAUCGGAAGCAAAAAGCUGGGGAAAAUAUAGAAGACUUUGUGACAGCACUCAAAAAACUUAGCUUAGACUGCAAUUUCGAGAAACUCAAGGAUGGACUCAUUAGGGACCAGAUAAUAAUAGGAUUAAUUGAUAACGAACUAAAGGAAGACUUACUUAGUGUAACGGAUUUGACUUUGGAGAGAUGUAUAAAUAUGAGCAGAGCGGCUGAAGCUACAAGAGCUCAAAUGGAUACCAUCAAGAACAAAAAUGAGGUAGCAAGAAUAGAAGUGGGAGCGGGACAAAGAAGGAACAUAAAAAAGGAGCACUCUAGUGAUAAAAGGCAGCCCUCCAGGAGCAGAACCAGAGAGCAGUCAUACGGCAGACAGCAGGGUCAAGCGCACACAAGACAACCAGAACCGUCAUAUCAUAAGAAACCUUGUGGCAAGUGUGGCAGACAACAUGGCUAUGCAAAAUGCCCAGCAUUUAAUAAGAAGUGUGUGAGGUGUGGCAAAUACAACCAUUUUGCGGCUAUGUGCCUAAACAAAAGCUGUGCAUCCGUCUAGGUGAACUUCCAUAUGAAUAUAAAAUAAAAUUACAAGACAAUAAUGUACCAAUUGCUGAGCGACCCCGGAAAAUACCAUUUCAAUUAGAGGAAAAAGUUAAAACCGAGCUGGACAAACUGGAGCGUGCAGGUG